GCACGGUCCACAUACAAGGACCAUCUCUCACAAACUUGCUAGACUAUCUUGAUGGUAUUCUAGGUGUGGGUUGCAGGUCAAUUCCACUGCGCAAGUGACGAGACGAACUGUCCAUAUAUAUACACACACGCGACUAAAGAUGCUGAAUCUCAAUGUCUUUCGGCUAUUGGCCGAUCUCUCCCAUAUCUCUUCGAAAUGCGUCUUGAUAUGGGCCAUUCAUCGAAAUAAAAGCGCAGAAGGAGUCUCGCUGCUCACGCAGAUGCUCUAUGCCUUGGUUUUCGUGACUCGAUAUCUCGAUUUGUUCUCGAAGGCUGGAUGGACGCACUUCUAUCUUGUGUUCUUCAAGCUUUUCUACAUCGCCUCCUCGUUCUACGUUAUAUACCUUAUGAUGAGAGUGUUCCCUCGAACACGGGAAAGGGAGCGAGCAUGGAAACUGGCUAUAAUCUCCGUCGCUCUGUCUCUGGUUUUGGCUCCCAUAUCCAUCGCCGUAUUUUAUCGUGGUUAUCCCCCAAAGUGGUUUAUAGAGACUUGCUGGGCUUUCUCUAUUGUUCUAGAAUCCGUUUGUGUCCUCCCUCAAUUGUUGCUCCUGCGUCAGACCACCGUUCCGACCGUCAUCGAUUCAUACUACCUGGUUAUGUUGGGCUCGUACCGUGCCUUCUAUAUUCUUAAUUGGCUUGUGCGGGGACUCGGCUCCGAGGGCCAUUGGGAUGUGAUCGCAGAUGUCUACGGUGUCAUCCAGACCGCUUUUUACAUCGACUUUGCCUGGGUUUACUACUCUCGCCAGCGCGUGAAACUCAGAAACGGAGGUGUCGUUGACUCGGAAGACUUCCGUAGCAGCUGGCUUGUGAACAAGGUUCUGAACUUCCGGCAGCGGAGAAGUGCAGAUGAGGAGCAGAAUUUGAAUGAGGAAGACAUGGAUGACGAGGGGGUGGUUGAUGGAGAUAGACCGAGGAACAAUCGCUGGGGCGCCCGAGGAGUUUCCGUCUCCGCCGAUGACACAUUGGAAAAUCACCGGGGCGAUUUUUCGGGAACGGGCCAUGAUGACGGUCUAGAAGGGUUCUUGGAAGACGAUGAAGAUGACGAUUCGGAGUACAGAGGGAGUCCUCCGAAACAGUCGGCUGGGGUAAAGGGCAGUCACGAAUGAACUGUCAUCUAGAAACCCUGCCGCAGAUCUGCCGGCUUUGGCUGCACGGUUCAAUGUUCUAGGGGAAUUGUUUCUCUAGUUCCCUCUCUUCGUUUCUGUUAUUUCCCAUUUUCUGCUCGGCUUUGUCUGCAUGGAAUUUCUUUCACGUCAUCUGAUCGUCACAAUCUCAAAUCGCUUUUUGGAAUAUGUAGUAAUGCGGUAUAAUCCAUACUGAGUCAGGACUAGGACAAUCUACAUCCCAGUUCGAUCGAGCUGACGGGUAGACUAUCACGGAUGCCAUGGUACUGGUAGGGUCGAGAUGAGAUCAUCCCCCCAUCUGAGACGCUAUAGGUGAAACAAAGGUGAGAUGGACCCCGUUGUUUCAAGACUGCAAUCAGCCAUUGCUGCGCCUGGCCAUAGCCACCACUCGUUG